GCUAUUCAAGUUCCAUUGUCUUGAGACACUUGAUGUACUGGCAAACUAACACACCAGCAAGGCUAACAUGUCUCGAGCCAUUGAUGCCCAUGGAGAGCAGAGCAGGAGGGGCUGGUGGGCAGGGAGGACCCCAACACACUGCACAGGUGAGGCUCUGGGGACCUCCAGAGCCCAAAGUAAAAAGUUCCUGAAAAAUUGUUGGAGAGGAGUGUGAAGCUGAGCUCGCCUGCAGUCUCAGGGAGAUCUCAUCAACUCCUGGACUUCAGCACCUUGGCAACCACAAGUCUGUUCUCUAUGACUCUGCAGUCAGGUCAUCAUCUUAGUGAUCAACAACAUUAUUCUGCCCUCACCCAACCCCACUCCCACCCCCAUCAGCUGACUCAGCAGAGCCAGGCGCCUACAGGAGAGGGAUGCUAACUCGGGGCAGCCAAAUGAGGAAAACGCAUCUGCUUCUGGAUGGAACGUGCUGGAAGUUGGACAGGUUCACCCCUUAUUUACCACGCUUACAAAUCAGUUGGAGAAAUCCCAGAUUUGUGGCAAGACAGAGGGUUUGUAAACCAGAAAGAGAAGCGAGGGCUGCCAAGCAUGGACCGGCUUCCAGGGGAUCAGCAGAGCUGCAGCUCCACGGAUGAGAUGAGGUCAAUUGCUCCUUUCUCCAGGGCCCAUGGAUACAGUACGGAUUGCAGCUGUGGGAGCUGGUGUGGUGGGGCUCUCCACCGCUGUGUGCAUUUCCAAACUGGUCCCGCGAUGCUCCAUUACAGUCAUUUCAGACCAGUUCACUCCCGAGACCACGAGUGAUGUGGCAGCCGGAAUGCUUAUUCCUCCUGUUUAUCCAGACACACCCAUUCACAAGCAGAAGCAGUGGUUUAAAGAGACCUUUGAUCACCUGUUUGCAAUUGCCAAUUCUGCAGAAGCUGAAGAUGCUGGUGUUCUCCUGGUGUCUGGUUGGCAGAUAUUUCGGAGCAUUCCUACUGAGGAAGUGCCAUUCUGGGCUGAUGUGGUGCUGGGAUUUCGAAAGAUGACUGAGGAUGAGCUGAAGAAAUUCCCCCAACAUGUGUUCGGUCAGGCUUUUACGACGCUCAAAUGUGAAGGCCCUGCCUACCUCCCGUGGUUGGAGAAAAGGCUAAAAGGAAGCGGGGGCCUGAUACUCACCCGACGAGUAGAAGACCUGUGGGAGCUUCACCCGUCCUUCGACAUUGUGGUCAACUGUUCAGGCCUUGGAAGCAGGCAGCUUGCAGGAGACCCGAAGAUUUUCCCAGUGAGGGGUCAAGUGCUCAAAGUGCAGGCUCCCUGGGUGAAGCAUUUUAUCCGAGAUGGGAGUGGGCUGACAUACAUUUACCCUGGUAUAUCCAACGUAACCCUAGGUGGAACUAGACAAAAAGGAGACUGGAAUCUGUCCCCAGAUGCAGAAAUUAGCAAAGGGAUUCUUUCCCGAUGCUGUGCCCUCGAGCCCUCUCUCCAUGGAGCCUGUGACAUAAGGGAGAAGGUGGGCUUGAGGCCCACCAGGCCAGGUGUGCGGCUGGAGAAAGAGCUCUUAGCCCAGGGCAGCCGGAGGCUGCCUGUGGUCCAUCACUACGGCCACGGUAGUGGGGGCAUAGCCAUGCACUGGGGCACUGCCCUGGAGGCCGCCAGGCUGGUGAGCGAGUGUGCCCAAGCCCUCAGGACCCCUGCUCCCAAAUCAAAGCUGUAGGCAUGAAAUGACAGCAAAUGGCCCCAGAAACUAUUAAUCAAAAUAUAAUUUAAGUACCAGAAGAGAUUCAAAUAACCUUUCCAUCGAAUGAAAGUUUAAUUGGACAUGGCUUUGCUUUCAAAAUUAGAAAUGAUGCAAUAUGUAUCAGUAGACUUAAGAUUAGUACUAAUCUAACUUAGUACUAGACUUAAGUCUAGUACUAAUGACAUAGGGCAUAAAGCUCUAUUUUUGUUAAAAAAUACUUGCUAUAAAGUAAGAUUUCUUUAAGGUCUUGUGUCCAAGGAUCUAUGCCAAUUCACAUGGUUGCAGGGAUUUUUUUUGGCUCAUAAAUCCACAGGAGGAGAUAAUGUAUGGAAAACACUUAACUCACUGUCGGUUGCAGAGCUGCCCAUGAUGCUCAUAGGUUGCAGUCAAGUGAACACUAUAAUCCUUUAAAAUUACACAGUGAUAUACAAUUCAGGCUUGUUCCAUGUAGUGGAAGACAAAGCAUGAUUCCUGCUAGUGCUAGCGGCAACCUCUACUUCCUCUCAGCUGGUACUGAUGGUAGAAGAUAGGGAUGAUGUUGCCUAUAGAUGUGGAAUCAACUCAAUAGCGGUCUGGGGUCAAUCACCUAAGGGGUGUACAUUCCACUACCACAAAUGAUUGAGAGCUGGUUUGUUGGAUGGUUGACUUUGCCUAAGCAUUUUUGAAGAUUGAAUAGUAUGUGCAGCCAAAGGGCUAAUUUGCUAAUUAAAAUGGAACAAUCACUCUGAAUAAAAUAUAAACAAAGAGUUUUCUGCAAGUUGUUAAAAGGUACUGGGGAGGAGUGGAAAUGUAUCUCAUGAUAAAAUGAGUUUGGGAAUUGCUGAAUUAAUUAAUCUGGAUUCUUGACUCGGUCUUUAA